AUGGCAACAGGGCUGUUAACCUCAGAAGAUCUGAAGUUCUCCAUUAGCAUUACACAAGUGUUCAUGUACAUUUUCCUGUCACUGAGUAGUGUGUUCAAUACCUUUAACUUAAUCGUGUUGGCCAAGUUAGGUUUCAAAGAUCCCGUCAAUAUCUGUUUCUUUUCGCUCGCUGUAUCAGAUUACCUGCUAGUCAUUGGGGCUUCUUCAGGGGCUUCUAUUGUCUACAUCUUCAGCUCCUUGCUGCAGAGUUGGUCGGUGAACUCCUUCGAUCUCUCUAUCCUCUUUGUUUACUACGGCCAAAUGUUUCUGGACAUUUCUAUUCUCAUUACAACGUUCAUCAGCGUCCAAAGAUGUUGCUGUGUGGCUCUGCCGCUACGUUUUAAAACUGUUUUCACAACGAAGAGAAGCGUCUUUGUCCUGCUUGGUAUCUGGGGGUACGGUAUCUCCAGCUACCUACCCGUGCUGGUCAAGCAAGGAAUGCACUGGUCAGUUGACCCUCAGACAAACUCCAGCACGUUAGUUAUCUGGAGAGCACCAGGAACGGCUUCUGCUUUGUCCUUCAUGGACGUGGUCAACCAAACCUUCCUGGGUAUAGCCUCCGAAGUUGUGGUCAUCCUCUGCCUCGUUGUCCUAACUCUGGCCUUGAGGUCCACGUCACAGUUUAGAAGAUCGAUGAUGUCGGCUGCGACUGUCCCGGGUACCGCCAAGACGGGGAGCAAGCUGAGCUCGAAGGAGGAGCAGGUGGUGAAGACGGUGACGGUGAUAUCUGUCGUCUUUGUCUGCACCAACAGCGCCGCGGUCUUCCUGGCAGUGGCCCGUCUGUGUGUGCCGGACUUUGACCUCUACAGACGAUUCCACAACAUCUUCCUCGUAUCUCAUAAUUCGAGAGCAGCUUUAGAAUAUUCUGGACCCUUCCUAAACUUCCUGUCUUACUGCAUAUCAAACAGAAAGUUCAGAGCUCUGUUUUUUCAACUAUUUCACCGACAUGAGGUUUAA